UUUGGAAGAACUGGCAAGAUAUCACCAGACACAUUUUAUAAAAGCUUCUUGGAAUGGGUAGCCGUAAAAUAUGAAGUACAAAAGCUGUGUACGCCGCAGUUCUUCAAUUGCCCCGCCUGCAGUCCAGAGAUGCUUGCAGUAUCAGUGGAUGGUAAUCGCAAGCUUUAUAGAUUCAAAUCAAAUUCAAGCACUCAAGAGCCAGGACAUUUUGAUGAUGUUUUUAUUCAAAAUGAUGAGGAGGUAGCCAAGUUUGUUGAAUACAUCCACACACAAACAAAACAUGUGGUUCAGCAGUGUCCUGAGCACAGGAAUCUGCUGUCCAUGCGCCCCUUUCUUUCAGUUAUGCAUGCAAAGGCACACUCUGGGAAAUGCGAGAUCAAAUGGGGAGGUGCGUUCCAGGAAGGUGCGGGUUCAACUAUCGGAGAAGAGGUUGAACAGGUAAACAGUUUCCUGUCUAGGGCAGCCAUCACCACAAAGUACAUGUCUAAAGCAGGACGAAAAGACAUGCUUACCCUCUUGGCUUUAGGGUGGAAUGAAAGGAAGUUGGAAAACCUGAGUCGCACUUUAAGCCAGAGAUACUUAAAGACUGUAAGGAUACUCAAAGAAGAUCUCGACAGCCUGAAUGCUGCAAAAAAGGAGCUUGGCAUUGAUGAUGACACAGUGCAGCUGUGGGUGGCUGAUGUGCAGAAGUGGGCAGAGGAAACUGAUCAAAGUGAUGGUAGCCUUGGUGCACUACAGGCACGGAUAGAGGAGCUGGCUGUCCUCGUCAAAGUACGCAGCCUAAACCUUUACAAACAAACAGAUAGCAACAAGAGGCGACAUAAGAUACGAAGAGUCAUUUUAAAAGACAAAAAACGCCUGGCAGCAGCUAUUGCCGAGUACAAUCAUCUGGCUGAACCGUCUGGACAAAUUGUGUCCACUGAUGGCAUUAUCCAGACUGACACGUGGCCUUGGCGAAGUGAAACCUCUCUUGUUGACCUCUCUGAGGAUGCCCAAAAAGGACUGCAGUGUCUGGUUCAUAAGAGGCUCAGCAAACUGAAAGCAGAAAUGCGUUUAGUCAAGGGCCAUUACAACACUAUCCUGAAUGAUAACUCACACCUGGAGUUGGAAGAAGAAGACAUAGAACUUGAUACUAUAUACUCUGAUUUCAGCUCUUCUGAUGAGGACUCUGACUGAAUGUCAUCUGCCAUCAAACAUGCUUCAAUUACUGUUGUCGUUGUGGUUGUUGACGUGUUGAUGGUUGUGGUUGCUGUGGUUGAGUAUGUUGUAUGAUGCUUGUGCCCUUGGGGUUUUGUUGUGUACAAAGUUUAACAGGGUUUCUAUGGCUUUGGAUCAAAUUGUCAUUAAGCAAUAAUCAAUGUGUGUUAAUGUGUUAAAUAAUUAAGAUGUCAAACUUCACACAUAGCUAAAUCCUCAUCUGUCUAUAAAAGAUUGUGUCCAUAAUACAGACAGUCAAAUGUUGUGUAUUUACAAGUUGCAGUCAGACAGCUUUACAUGUUUUCCAGUCUUAUGUGGGUUUAUUUUUUUAUUAUUAUUUUUUAAACUUGACAUUGCAUUGCCCAUUGCCCAUUAAUC